AUGUAUCAGCAAUGGUCACCAUACCAUUAUGCACGUCAUUAUUCCUAUGUCAAUUAUGAUCGACGACAACGAUUGUCUCUUAAAGAAAUUAUCUGGCGUCGUCUAUGGCCACGUAUAUUUACUGUAGUAUUAGCAUCAGUGAUGCUUCUACUUAUUAUAAUUAUAUUUAGUCUUGAAGUUGCAAGUUUAGCAUCUGAUCCUUCAAAUAAUUUGUCUAAUACAGCAUCAACAGGAGCUGGAAUUUGGUGUUCAAUAUUCUUUGUAAUACCUGUUAUUUUUAUGUAUCUUCUGGUAUCUAUUUAUCAUAGGUCACGCAUGUGGUCAACUUAUACUCUUAUAACACAUUUAAUUGCACUUGUAUUUAUUUGCAUUUUGAUUGGAUUAGAUGCAAAUACAGUUACUCCUUAUAAUACAAUGGGAGCAACAGCUCCAACUAAAAUAAAAAUUCUUAGAGGUCAAUUAGCUGCGGCAGUAUUAAUGUUUAUUUUUCCAUUUAGUUUCUUAGCUGCUUAUAUUUAUACAGCAUUUAUGUCAAUUGUUUCUCUUCGUUCUCAUCCACGUUCAAUUCAUCCGCCUUUUCCAGUUCCAUCAGAUUUUGUUAAAUAUUAA